CAAAGACCGGUUUCCUCUUUGCAAGACUGACCAUACACUAGAGAUACAUAUCGAGUCGAAUUUGAAAUCAUUCGCUUACUCGUUCGUUUGGAUAUCCCAGUUCUACGUCAACAAAUAGACAUGAGUGCCAUAUGGUCGCACAGGAUUCGGAGACGGACUAUCACACCCUUUUGAAAAUUGGAAGUUUUGAACUGCACGGUACCUUUUCGAAACCUGUAGUUACUGAGUCUUACCGCCAAGCUGCCCAUCCUCCAGGUCCUAUGUAAACAGAGCGGACCCGGAUGCUCAUGCGUAUCAUUUACUCCUCCACUGUAUUCCAGACAUCCGGAUGGAAGUAUUUCUUCUGAUUAUACUGACGGAAGGAAAUACUUGACGUGGAUAGAUCACCAUGAUCGAUUCGGGCCCCCUUCGAGUGCUUGUGAUAAUCUCACAACGAAGCUCCCUAUACCCCAAGAGUAAUACUACUCCAGAGGAAAUCGUACCGCUAGCGAUGCGCCUCCUCAAGAAGAGAAAGAUGUGGAAAGCAACGGACUAUCCCGCCGCAACGAAACUUCUGGCAGUACAAAAAUGGCGAAGUCGCGCAUUCCUCGUCUUCGACAUCGCCAAUGAAACAUACGAUGCCAAACUCGGCCAUCUCCCGGAACACAACCAGCUACCCGUGGUCGUGGCCCACUUUAGCAAGAAGAAGGCAGCGUAUCCAGCCAACUCAUGGGUCUCUCAGCAAGUCAAUCAUGAUGUCGCAAUGCUGCAUAAUGCGAACGGCUUCGACGCUGUACCGCCGUUCAUGGAAGAUCACACUCUGGGGACGCCGCCGGCGUAUCACAGUCCCCGAGAUAUCUCGAUGUUGCGAGUCACGUAUAUCUAGAAGAUCAUGUGGUGGUUUUCAGGCGAUGUUGUAUUGCAUCUUUCAUGCAAUGUAUUUGGUAUCUCGAAGGAAACAGAAUGUCGAUAAAAUCAUUAGCCCCAAACGCCAUGCUUGCUUCCAUCCAUGUAUCCCACAUCCAGUAACGGAUAUUGGCAUCAGUCGGCUAAAAGUCCAUCGUAAGCUGCGGCGCCAUUUUCUCAAGAUCUUCC